AUGAGCGUUGAAACAAAAGAAAUUUCACAAACAGCAAUGGCUCUAGUUUUAGGUAUUCAACAUCAAGUAAAAUAUUAUUUAAGUAAAGUUCAUGUAAGUGAUAAUGAUUUUGAAAAAUAUAAAGGAAAAACAUUACCUGAAUUAAAGAAUGAAAAGUAUAUUUUUAAGACAUAUCCAUUCACUAAAUUCACUAAAAAAGGAGGAAAAGAUAUUUGUGGUCAAAAAGACAAUGAAAUGACAACACCAAAAGAAGUAGGAGAAUAUGUAGCUAAAGAAUAUUCACCAAUGGCAUUUGCAAUUGUUAGGAGAUUUUUUGGAUUAACUCCAGAAUCAAUGAUUGAAUCAAUUUGUGGAGAAGGGAAUUUAACACCACCUAAUCUAGGAUCAGGAAAGAGUGGAUCAUUGUUUAUGUUUACAAAAGAUCAUAAAUUUGUUAUUAAAGUUAUUCCAAAAAGAGAAGAAAAGAUUUUAUGUAAAAUUUUUCCAUUAUACUUCUCUUAUAUUCAAGAAAAUCCACAGACUCUUAUUCCUAGGUUUUAUGGUAUGUUUAGAAUCAAACCACAAAAAGAUGAGGAAUAUCGUUAUGUUGUUAUGAAUAAUCUAUUUCCUAAUGAUAACUUCCCUCUUCAAUAUAAAUUUGAUUUAAAAGGUUCUAUGUAUGGUCGAAAGGCUAACGAAAAAGAAAGAAACAAAAAAUCUCCUUGUUUUAAAGACCUUGAUUUUGUCGAACAAAAAGCUGAAAUACAUAUCGGACCAAAACUUCUUCAACCUUUUAAAGAACAGGUGGAAAAAGAUAGUGGACUAAUGGCUAAAAUGCAUCUUAUUGAUUAUAGUAUGCUUGUUGGCGUUCAUAAUUUAACUGAAGAAGAAUUAGAAGUUGCUUGUAAAAGACUUGGUAUUGAAGUAAAUAAAACAAAAAAAGAAAAAGUUAUAGAAAAUGAUAAAGAAAGAAAACGUGAUGAAAAAGAAGAAGCUAAAGAUCAAAUAAUAAAUACAAACGAUAAUAUUAUAGGAGAACCAGCUCAAAAACAUGAUGAAAGUGGAAGUAAUGAAACUGAAGAAAAAGAGUCUAAGCAAGAAGAGUCUAAACAAGAAGAGUCUAAGCAAGAAGAGUCUAAGCAAGAAGAAUCUAAACAAGAAGAAUCUAAACAAGAAGAAUCUAAACAAGAAGAAUCUAAACAAGAAGAAUCUAAACAAGAAGAGUCUAAGCAAGAAGAGUCUAAACAAGAAGAGUCUAAGCAAGAAGAGUCUAAGCAAGAAGAGUCUAAGCAAGAAGAGUCUAAGCAAGAAGAAUCUAAACAAGAAGAAUCUAAACAAGAAGAGUCUAAACAAGAAGAGUCUAAACAAGAAGAGUCUAAACAAGAAGAGUCUAAACAAACAACUGAAACAGAGACAAAAGAGGAAUCAAAGAAAAGUGAAUCAUCAGUAGCUCUAAGUUCAAUUACAUCAACACAAUCAGUGAGCAAAAACGAAGCAACAGAAACAUCAUCAACCAAAAGUAUAGAAACUACAAAGUCAACAAAAGAAGAGUUAAAGCAAGUAGUUAAACGACCUAGGGCAUCUACAGUAUUUACAGAACAAAGAGUUGAUAAAAACUUAACCAAUAAAGAUUCAGCCUCGUUAACAAAAAGUCGUAAAAAGAAAAGUGAUAAAGUUGCUGAUGCCCAAGAAUUUUUACAGUCAUUAGAAAUACCUAAACCAGCAGACUUUAUUUUUACUGAUUAUGAAGGGGGGUUACUUGCACGAAAUAGUAAAGGAGAACUUACAGGUGAAUUAUAUUAUUUAGGAAUAAUAGAUAUUUUAAUGGAUUAUACAGCGAGAAAAAAGUUAGAAACUGUAGUAAAAGGAGUUGCUGCAGGAGGAGCUGAUCAAGUUUCUAGUGUUUCACCAAGUCACUAUAGUCGCAGAUUUAUUAAAUUUAUUUUAUCAAAUACUAAAUGA